UGAUGAUGAAAGAGCUGAAUUUGUCCAGGCAGGGAUAAGGAUUCCUACCGUAUUCAAAAGACCUCCAACCUUCAACUAUGCUUCUUUUAUUCCACAUGUCAGUUUAGAAAGGUUUUAUUCCGCUGUUCAUCAAUGGACGUUACAAACCUCUGCAAAACGACGCAGCGUGGUAAAUUAUCGAUGUAAUACCGAGACUAAUGAAAUGUCGCUCGUUGUAUAUUGUGCUCUUUGCCGAUUACUUUUUGGUAAUCGAUCAAACAUUCAUUCCCUAAGUUUGGAUCGGCCAAGCAGACAAACUACUCCUUUAAUGGAUAAAUCUCUCGGAAUUGAUUUACAAGUUCGCAAUGUCAGGGAUUUAUCUAUUCGUUAUACCACCGAUUCCUUUCUUUUCGACGCCUUGCAUAAACAAGCUGCAAACAUUGAAAAUUUGACAGUGAUUAAAUCAUCAGAUUCCGGUUUAAGAAAUUUUAACGAUCAACAAUAUCUGUCGUCUUUGAUAUUCUCUCAACAUAAAUUGCGUCACUUUUCGCUAACAUGCUAUGAUUCUGUCGAUGGUUUCACGUCAAAGGUUUUAAUCCCACUUGCAA